AUGGAAAAAGGGUGGUUGUUUUGUGGAGGAGGUAGUAGCCCUGGAGAUCAGUCUAAGUCAUUUCCUUCACAGACUCCUUUGGAGGACAUUUACAAGUUCUGGGCAAAGUCUCCUGAAAAUUUGAAACGGAAAUCAGCUGAGGUUGAUGGAGCCAGUUCUGCAAAAAAGCAGAGAGUUGCGGAUCCUGACAGCAGCAUGGAGAGCUCAGAAGAGGAGUCUGCCACGAAAGUUGCACCAGGACUCAAGCCAUCCUCUGGGAGCACGAUAAGUUCCAAGCCAGCUGCAGUUGCUAAGAGCAGUGAAGAUAGUGACGAAGAUUCAAGUGAAGAUGAGUCUUCUGAAGAGGAAGAUAAAAAGUCAAAAGGGCAGGUUAAGGGCACUCCAAGUAAGCUGUUGUCUGGCAAACAGACACAAGUAAGCAAUGUAACAGCAGUAAAGAAAUUAUCAACGUCCACUCCAAAUAAGAUAUCUGCAACAGCUCCAAGCAAAUCAGGCCCGGCCACUCCAAAGUCCAAAAAUGUACCUGCCAAAGCUACAACUCCUGCUAAGGCUGGUGCUGUAGUCAAAAAGGAGGAGAGCUCAGAGACCGACAGCAGCGACUCAUCUGAAAGUGAAAAAGAAAAAACAAGACCUCCUGCAGUGGGAACAACAAAGCCUGGAACCAGUGUCAUAAAAAAGGAUGAAACAAGCAGUGAAGAAACUGAUUCUGAAGAUGAGGAUGAUGAGGAGAAAAAGAAGGCUGCUCAGUGCCAAGGGGGUAACAUAGUCAACUGCUUCACUAAGGAUGACUUUGCAUUUGCUGUUUCUACCCCAGUGCCUUUUCCUUACUUGGAGGAAGUCUACCUGACUUGUAUGGUAGCCACUCUUGUAUGUGAUCUUGUGACAGUUUCUCUUGCUGAAGCAUUUGUUGACCACCUUCAAGCCAUUUUCCAGACUUAA